CGAUUGUUGUGUCGGUGAUGACGCAGCUCUUGUGGACAGCUUCACGCGCUUCGGCAGCUCGUUCAUUAGCGCUCGGGUAAAAAUGGCCUCGUCCUUCUGGAAAGGCGUUGUUGGCGUCGGCUUGUUAGCAUUGGCACACGCAGCUUUUUCAGCGGCACAGCACCGAUCAUACAUGAGACUGACAGAAAAAGAGAAUGAACUGUUGCCUAUAGAUAUAGUGUUACAGACAUUGUUAUCAUUUGUGGUCACAUGUUAUGGAAUCGUUCACAUCUCAGGCGAGUUUAAAGACAUGGAUGCUUCCUCAGAGCUUAAAAACAAGACAUUUGACACGUUGAGAAAUCACCCGUCUUUCUAUUUGUUCAAUCACCGAGGCAGAGUACUGAACCGUGCUCCAGAGCAAGAGUCUUCCACUCCAAGCAACCAGGCUUUGCCCUCCAAUCCCCUGCGUUUACGCAAGCUGGAGAAUUUUCACUGAGACUGGCCUUCAGAGGGCUGCAUUGCCUGUUUUUCAUUCAUUCAUUUGUUUGUUACAUCAUCAGCUGGACAGAGAAAAUAAGCGAUUUUCCUGUCUUUAUGUAUAUGUGAAUAUGCUGUACAAACAUGCAUUUCUUUAAUGUGGUUAUUUUUUUGUCAAUGGACUGUGCCAACUCCUUUUCCAGCUGAUAAGUUUGUAAAUACUUGUUAUUGCUUGGGAGUCUUACGUCUGUAGGUUACAUCUGUAGCCCUCGAGUUGGCUCAUCGAAAGGGUUUUUUGUCCUUAUGUUGGGGCAUAAAUCCUAUCAUGUUCAAUGUUGGUUUGCAAGAUUUCGACUUUGCAGAUGACCCUAAUGGUAACAGGUUUUGCCCUGUACCCAGGUUUAAAUUAUGGACCAUACAUUAUUGUCUUCAGAAAUAGUACCUAUGACUACUAAACGCUAAGUUUGUUACAUUUUGGAAGUGAAUAAAACAUGUCUUAAUAAGGGCAUGAUAGAUGAAGUAGUUUAAUAGCCAUUUUAACAAUGCUGUGAAGAAGGAAUGGUACAUUUUUUUAGGGGGGCAAUGUUUUUUUUCAUGUUAAGACACAACUCCUUAUUUUUACCUUAAUAAAUUGACAUUUUAUUGAUGAAUUGUAA